CGAGCCAACUCGUUCCUCUCGAACGUUCUAACUCGCGAAUUGUUCUUAAUUAACGGAUACCGUAAACGCGUGCGAUUGGCUUUGCUCGAAUCCAGUGGAGAGAGAGAGAGAGAGAGAGAGAGAGAGAGAGAGAGAGAGAGAGAGUGUCUAAUCGAGUUCGCGAUUCUUUUUCUUUUCGUUUCUUUCGUUUCUACGUGAAAAAUCAGAGCGAUCGAGGCACAUGGUUAAGAGAUUGGCGCAAUUUGUUGUGUAUCGAUCGAGUUUUCUCCUCCGUGAAACUCGCGUAAUUUGAAUAAUCGUUAGAUUAACCGGUUGAAAUUAAUUUUCUUUUUCUUUUUUUUUCGCCUCUGGAUAAACGUCGGUCGUGCUUUAAUUAACCUAUCUCGCGACUUUGAAGAGAAUAUUCGGAGAUCGAAAUGACCGUCUUCCUUCUCCUUCUUUCUACCUUCUAGAUCCACAUCGCGGCUUAAUUAACCUAAAAAUCUCGCGAUUUUGAAAAGAAGCUUCGAAGCGAGAUCGAAAUUCGCGCACGGAGAAUUUUUGCGCCUUUGUUCGAACGAAACGAUUCUCCUCCUCCCCCUUUCCAUCUUCUGAACGAACGUUGCGGCUCAAUUGACCUAAGAACAUAUUUGAAAAGAAGCUUUGAAGAUCGAAAACGCGAAAGGAUAUAAGAGAAUUUGCACGGGUUUUACGCGACGCACGAAGAAAGAAGGAACCGCGGUCGAAAUGAAUCCUCUCCUUCUCUGCACCUUCCCCCACCCUUUCGUAGGCGUCCGCGUGCCUACGUGCCGGUGUGCGCACUCUCGACGCGAGUGCAGAGUCCCCUUGCACACGUGGCCCCGGUCGCGACGCGGAGAGUCGGGCGGCGUGCUCGAAAAGUCGGCGAGAGCACAGGACGAUCCGGUCGGGACUACUACUACCUAUAGGCGCCUGUGCAACCUAGAGUCCGCGCGAUUCGGCCGCGACUAUAGUGUUUAACAAACGUGCACAGCCAGUCCAUUCGCGACCGGCAGCCGGGCUGCACGCUCGGAGAACCUCUUUGUCCGCCGAGUCUAUAAAUAAUUCGCGAGAAACCGAGAUCCUGGAGAACGCGAAUCGAUCCCACGUCUUCUUCCAAACUUUAUCCACCUCGCCAUCCGUUUCGCGUUCCUUCCUUCCUCUUCUUCCGUGUCCCUCGAUCAACUGUCUCCAAGGGGAGAGAGAGAGAGAGAGAGAGAGAGAUUCUUUGUUCGGCGGAUCCUUGGAUAACGCGGAUCGACGAUGCCCGAUACCGCUACUACCACCACCUCGGACCCAUGGCGGAGGUAGAAGGUGCGAAAAUGUGAAAGGAGAAUUUUCUGGCCGUCCCGAGCCGGCCGAGGAUCGAGAGAGGAGAGGAGAAAGUGUCUCGAACGGGCAUUUUGCCUCUCGCGAUGACGCGUGGCCCGUGAUUUGACGAGAAUAGGAAAUUUCCGCGCGUACGUGUAUAUGUGUGUAUAUGUGUGCGUGCAACGUCUAAUUAUAAACAUGUCGGGCUGGUGGACAGUGUCUACCGAUGAAGGUUCGUUUGCCCGCGACCAUGUCGAAUCCUGAACGAUCCCCGAGCGGAUCGGAAAGUUUGGAAAAGUGGAUGAUGACGGAGCCGCGAUCGAUCGAGCAUGAAAUCGACGGAAGGCGAAGGGACGCGAAGCGAAGUGAACAGUGAGCGUCUCGCGAAACAUGAACGGGGCCCUCGAUCCGCUUCGCAACCGGUCCUCCAUCGUCGCCAUUCCGAACGAUCGACAACGAAGAUCGCCUCCAACGACCCGAGUCUGAAUCGAAAAUACGCCGACUCGAGAUUGAGAUGGAAAAGGUCGAGAUAUAGGCUGGAUUCCGUGCUACGAAUCGGCGGGUAAGCAGGGGAAGCGGGGAGGAUAGAAACUCGAGGAGUUUCUAGAAGCGACGUCAUCGAUGUAACGACCGACGAGCGAGACUGUUUAUCGUUGGCCUGUCCUUCGUUGACACCGAUUAAACGAGGCACAGAGCGACGCUUAUUGAGCGGAUCACUUCCGAGCGAGCUGGCAGACGAGGACUGGCAUCGACUACGCUCCUGUCGAUGCCACUCAGAGCGGUUUGCUGCCACCUGCCAGUGUCGGUGACGCGCGAGUGCCUCUCCUUCCCGCAUCUUUUUCCAAUUCUCCAACGUACCGCUCUAUAUUUUUCGUCCCACGAUUCGCGCGCUCGGUGGACCGUGCGCGGGUGAUCGAUUCGAAAUUUUUCGAAUAAGAAUCUUACGACAGUGAGCUCGUGCAGUGAACGAUCCUCUUCGACUCUCGUUUACUCGUUUCGAUUCUCCAGGAUUUCCCACAGUUCCCUUCGAACUCGAUUUUUACGAAGAAGACAUCGGUCGCGUGUCCAUCGCUUCUGCUAAAUUGGACUCGUUUGUAAUCGAGACUCGGCGAGAUAAGCGAUUCUCCACGACUCGAGAAUCGCCUUUCUAAAUCGACAAACGACAAACGGAAUCAUUUGUAUCGUAACGUUCGAAGCAUCUUCGCCUCGAUCGAUCUCUCGUUAAAGUAAGGAUCAAAGGAAAUCGACUGAUCUCCCUUAUUCCCCGAAGUCACGUUUCGAAAUCUCGCAAACUUGACCGUCGCGAUCUCUCUCGAACGGCGUUAAAAAUAUCCACGAUUCGACUCGACCGAUUUCCACGAAAUCGAACGAGACGUGGCUCUCUAUCGUUCAACGAACGUCUCGAUAAAGAAUAAUCGACUCUGGGUCCCCUCCAGACUGACAAGGUCGGGCGGGGACGUUCACCGAUUCCUCGAGAUCCUCGCCGUGCGAAGGCUCGAUUCGAAAGAAGCGAGAGAAAGAGAGAGAGAGAGAGAAAGAGAGAGUAAAAAGGGGGAGGCAAGUCUGGUAGAAUUGGAAAAGGAGGAUCGCUGACCAACGCGUGGACGAGGAGGACGCGAACACGACAUUCUAGCGAGCCACUCUAGCAAGAAUAGAAUCGAAACGCCACGCGGCGCCACGAUUCCCUGGAACGAAGCCUCGCGAUCGUUGCACCUGCCGCUAUCUGUCAGCCGGGUAAACGCUGUGCAAAACCUUGGGGCUCGUUCGCCGGCUCCUCCAAGAGCAACGAGAGCGUUUCGCUCGACCCUUCUUUCUCGCGGCAGCUGUGCGUGUGUGCGCGUUUCCUCCUCUGGAACCAGAUUUCUCCGCUCGAGAGCGGCGAAUUCAUUUUUCGCGAGCGUAUCGAGGGUAAAGAGAUCGAUGGCCAGGGAUCUAUGUAGAUAGUCGCGCCUUCUUGCCAAGAGAAAAAAGGAUAACUGGACUGGCGAACGAAAGGAUAAUUCGUCGUAUCCGCUCAACUUCCUGAUGCAAGAUUGUCGAUCGAAGAGGCAAACUUGCGAUGGAAUAAAAUUUCCAGAAAUAAAAUCUUAUCUGAUCGUAACCAUAUUCGUAACGUUGAAAAGAAAAAGGGAAAAAAAAGAAGCAUCGUCGAUCGAACGGAACGAAGGUGUGUAACGUGAAUCAUCGACCGUGUCUGCAUUAAUCGCAUUUAAAUUUAUCGUGUGAUCGCAUUCGACAAUUUUUCUACGAAAAAUUUCCUUCUAUAAUAAUAAUAAGGAUAGUGGAGGAAGGAACGGACGAGAGUCGAAGAGAGAAGAAUUCUUUUGAUCGACGAAAUACGAUUGGAAUCGGCGGCGAGUUGGAGGACUCGGCCUCGAAGCCACGCCUCGUCGCAAAAAGACCGCGAACCGUGGAAAAAAGGCAAGCAAGGACGAUCGUGCGGAGGUGGCGCGAAAUCGGCGGCCUGACCACAGCCAAGAUCGAGUGACGUCAAAGCAUUUCGCUGGAAAGGAGGGGAGGCGAAGGAAGGAUGCGACCGGAUCGCUUUGCGCCUGCUGGAACCGUUAAAUAUAGCCGGAAGAAUUUCCCUGGCAUUCGCGCGCCCCACCUCGCCCGCUUUGCUCGAUUUUCCUAGGCCGCGAUUUAUGCGAAACGAGUGCGUUUCAACCCCUCUUUCUCUUCCUCGUCACCGUCCACGCUGGUGGAACGUCUACACGACGUGUCGAAUCAUUCUACUCGCAACUCUCUUCUCUUCGAGAUCUCUCAAAGGGUGGGAAAAAUGCUGAUCACCAAGUACACCACCAUAUUGCUCCAGUCCACCAAUCAGCACAUUCUCAGGAGCGAUGUCUUCCUGGAACCGUAUCUGCAGCAGCACGGAACCGUUCAGGUCGUCAGCUCGCCGAGCACGCCUCCGCCGAACCCGCUGCAGCAUCACCAGCUCACGCAGCUGCAUCAUGUACAGAGCGAGGAGUCGCUUUCCUCGGAAGGGUCGGCCACCUCGGGUGGAUCUUCGAGCUCGACGGAAGAUUCUGGCAGCGAGGUCGCGUGCGACAUCACUCUGAUCGAGAGGCUUAUACGCUCCCAUCCGAUCUGGUUCCUUCCUGGCAUCCAAAGAGCAGGCGCUUUCCACUUGUUGCAAGGCAAAGAGGAAGGGAACUUCGUGGUCCGGCAGUCGAGUCAGAGCGACACGAUGGCCCUGUCCGUGCGACUGCCACCGGGAAAGGGACCGUACAUCGAGCACUACCUGAUCCAAGCCAACAAGGGGAAGCUGAGCUUGGAGACUAGCGAGAACAGGUUCGACAACAUCCCCUCGUUGAUCGCCCACUAUUCUCAGUGCUGUGACGAAUUGCCGGUCCAAUUGACACUGCCAAGGGCGAUGCGCGAGGCCAAGAAUAGGCAACAGCUGUCCUCGUUGGCGCUUCUGGGUCAGGAAUUCUGGAGAUACCCGAUGGCGAAUCCAAAGCCUCCGGAGAGCAGCAGCAGCAACACGUCUAGCUUGAGUAGCUUUCGAGGCGGCAACAACAAUUUGAACAAUAACAAUAAUAACAUUCACACUCCGACGACGGAGAGUAUCGUGCUAAAUUUAGCGCCCAUUUCAUCGCACGAAACACGAGGCUCGUCACCUACAGCGGCCUUGACGACGACGACGACGACGUUCGCCUCGUCGUUGCCCCGCCAACCUCGGCCAACUCCACCGAACACCCUUAAUCUGACAACCUUCAACGAGCCUCUGGAUCUGAAGAAAGAGAAACUCUCGCCAGGCGACAAACUAUCCCAGAAACUGAUCUCCCCCAACCUGGUUCAAAGCGUGAGAUGUCCCUCCCCUGUGGUGCACAACGUGGAAAGUAACGUGCUCAGCCCGGUCCAGGAUACCAAAGUCAGCUUCGAGGCGAAGGGGAUGGCGGAAACGUCGAAAUCGACAGUGGUCGAACUGUCCAGGACGAAAUUUUCCUCCGUCACCACCUCCUCCAUAUCGAACUUUCAUCAAAACGUGUCGACCUUGAAUAAUUUCUCUUGCGCCACGUCUCCCGUGCUGCCGGAAAUCAGGAACAUCAUAGCGGAGAACCAUUCAUUGGGGCAGAACGUGAAGACGCCUCCACCGCCGCCCCCGAGAUGGGCAAAACCCGGAAUCGGGCAAAGUCAAAGUAACUUCAGCGUCACUGCCACGGUGACGUUCAAUCUGAACCACACGAACGAUGUCGGCAGUUCGCAGAACACUCCAUCGGAUCCCAACACGUCUCUACUGAGCCCGCAGAGCGCCACGUCGAACAAAUCUCUAAUAUCAAACUUCUCCGUGAAGUCACCCCUGUCGCCAACGACUCCUGUGCUCUCUCCAAUGUCGAAGCUAGUCCCAAAUACGGGCGUGAAGGCGCCUAACGUUCUCUCGCCGACCACGCCAUCCAGCACGAGCAAGUCGAAGCGGAGGCGGGACCGGGAAGCGCGAAAGAACUCGCAGCACUAUCAGGAAUCGGACAUCCUCGAGUCGUAUUAUCGAAGCUCCCCCGGGGACAAGAUAUCGGAUUACGAGGACAUCUGGAACACCACCGAUCAGUCGAACCAUUCCACCUGGUCGCCGAACGACAAGUUAGCGAGGAACGAUGGACCCGCGAAUCCUCAAGAUCGAUUGAGAAAUUCGAACGACCGGCUGAUGGUCCCGGACAGGGUUGUAAACUCAGCCGAGAGAAAUUUCAACGAGCGACCGGCUACGAAUGAACAGUUGAUAGUAAGGAACGAUAGGAUGAUAGUGAGAAACGACAAGUCGAUCGGGAACGAGAAGUUGAGUUACAAGGAGAUGACCAGCCCGGAGUUUAGCAGCUUUAAACCUGUCCAGGAGGCGAAGUUCGUGGAGCAGAGCAACGGAUCACCGGAGGAAACGGGAAUGGGAAGGAGACCCGACCUGUUGUCUCGAGUUUGCAGCGCGAAUUCCUUGAACAGUCCCAGUACGGUAACGCCGCCCAGGAAUAAACUAGGUUUGAUGCUGGCCAAGUCGGAGAGUAACAGCCCGUUGACACCGGAGUCGAAGCAAGGUAGCCCGUUUUAUGCGGAACCGGCGGACGCGAUCGCGCAAAACGCAGCGAUAAUACCGAGAAGACGACCUAGGAACAAUCCGGCUACGAACAAGUAUCGACACAGCGAGCCAGGCUGGCUGCAGACGCCUGCAGGUGCAAAUUCUAACCAACUGCACCCGAUCGACUGGGAGGAACCGGAGGAAACGGAGGAUAAGACGCCUUUGAUCUCUUCUUCCGUUGACAACCUGGCCAAACGGCUGGGUACUAAGGAGACUAAAAAGAUUCCACGUGCCAAGCCUGUGCAACCACCAAAGAUCAGGACCAAGGUGUUCAACGAUACUUCCUGGGCUGUCGAUUCCAGCUGGGAAUUUAUCGGCAACGAAGGGGACGAUUGCGAACCUGACUAUGACUGUGAUGCGGAUUACGAGGGUGAUAACGUGGCCAGAAAGUUUCCGGACGAGGAGUGUGAUAGGGACGUUGUUGGGAACACUUUAACCGUUCAGAGUAUCAUCCUCCAACGGUACCCAGAGUUGUUGAAACCGCCGGACACGUCGGAGUCGCUUUACAGCGACAGGAACUCCUCGUACGACAACGUGGAGAAGAGGAACGAGAGGGAAGAGGCUGGAGACAGCAGAAAGGACCAAAUCUAUGACUCUUCCGAAUGGGAGACGCCAUUGGAGACAGACGAAAGUGACGUGGAGAGGAUGAAGAGGAACAAGAGCUUCAAAGAGCGUUUGGAUCCCCUUCUCUCCCCUCCAAGAUUGCAAGCCCUUAGAAACCGUGACAACGGAGGUACAGGCUCGAGCAUAAGGUCGUACGCCCUUCAGUUAGCAGCGGACAAGACGACCACGUUCUCCCAAAACAUUGACAAUUUUAUCCAAUGCACGAAGGAAGGGAAAGAAGCCAGUCCACACGUGGUGAUGAGAAACAUGCGACAAUUUAUGUCUGGAAUGAAGAACUACUUGGUGAAACACGGUGAAAGAGAAUUCGAGAAAGAGGUGGAGAAAGAAAGGCUGAAGCUGAAGCCAAAUGAAUUCUUGAAUUUGGACGCUAUUUUAGAAGGCGUGAUGAUGGGCUUAGUGGUCAGACCGCUCAGAGAACACGUUUACAGAUUGUUUGUCGAGCAUUACGCGACUACUGGUUCAUUGCAAACCCUCGCCGAGAGCAUCCAGCACGCCCAGGGAAAACAUGUCCAGGAUCUCGGUGUUCGACCAAAGAUUAUACCCCCAUCGGAGUCAAGUUUAGAGCGGAUCCUCAAAUACAUUGAUCGGCUUCAGAAAGCGGAUUCGCCUCUAGACAAGUUGGAAAAUCUUCUAGCAGCCAUUUCAGCGAUUUUCAACUCCGUAAAGCACGCAAAUUCUGGCAGACACGUAACGCUGGGCGCAGACGAUCUUCUUCCCCUUCUAGUUUGGGUAUUGGUUCGUGGCAAGGUUGUGGACGCUGAGGUGGAAGCUGAGUACAUGUGGGGUUUGCUUCAUCCCUCUCUUCUCACUGGUGAAGGGGGAUAUUAUUUGACGACCUUGUCCAGCGCAGUUCACGUUUUGAAGACGUUCAAGUCCAGCCAGGGAACGAUGUCCACUUUAAAUGGUUGUGGAACACCAGACUGUUCAUCCGUACUACGAAUUUUAGUACCAGAUGAACUGCAUGGAUCCCUGAACACCAGAACGCUACCUGUACGACCAAAUAUGAACACCAGAGAGAUUUGUCGCAUUCUUGCACAUAAAAUCAGAUGCACCAAUCCUCAGGACUAUGGACUGUUCAAAUUGGUCCAAGGGGAAGAAACCUUACUCGGCGAUCACGAGUGUCCACAAGAGCUCUCUCACUGCCUUUUCGCUUACAAGCGGAUUGACGCAAAGAUAGCCUGGCCGAAAACCAGUUCUUAAUAGGCGUUGCGAAUAGAAGGCUAUUUAGGAGAAACGAUAUCGAUUUCGUGGUGACAAGGCUAAUAAAUUUCAAGCACCUGUCUUUAUUGUUAUUAUUAGUUUCGUGCUAGCACCGUGUUUUUUUUCAAUUGUUUCAUUCUUUAUAUCUUUACACGUAUGUUUGAAUGGAGUAUCGAAUUUUUCAAUGGCGAGCACAAAAUCUAGCUUUUAAAAUGUAUACUGCCAGAUGUAGCUAACUUUCGACUGAUCACUGUAAAAGAAGAAAAAAUUGAAAGCGACCAAGGUUUAAUUUAAGAAAAAAAAAAACGUAGAUCUAUACUCUUGUUAUGUAUCCGAUACUUAAAUUAUUGUGAUCGUCAUUAUUAUAUUGGUUAUUUCUUAAUAUUAAAAAGUACUGCCCAUUUAUAUAUAUAUAUAUGAUUAAUUUCAGAAAACAGAUGUUUUUAGCUGCGACGAUCCAAAGAUAUUCUAAAUUAUGUAGCUAGAGAGAGUGAUUAAAGUGCAAUCUAGUAGUGCAAUGUCUAGCUAGAAACGAUCUCAAAGAAUGAUUUUAUUGAAUGCAGCUGAAAAAUCGAAUCGAAAAGGCAGAAUGCGAUCGAAUGGACAACGUUCGAUCGCAUUUAAUUUACUUGCAAGCAGGUGCUAGAGAAUCGAAUCGGCUGAACGGGGCUUUGGCUUCGCGCAAUUCGGUUCGUUUGUUAACACUGAACACGAGAUCGAAUAAAUUUCCGCCAAACGACCGUUUCUCCUUCGUAAAAAUAUAAAAAAACGAAGAAAAAGAAUCGUGUAUUACUCAGUAUUCGAUAUUUUGCGAAACUCUACGAUAACGAAGUUACUAAUUAAGUCUCGUUAGUAAAAUAGGAUUCGAAUCGAAGGGGUUACUGAAAAUUUCUCACAUUAGAAAAGAAAAAAGACAAAAUUUUUAGUCUUUUACUUGGAAAAAAUAAAUUAUAAGUAUUCUUCCACUUCGAAACCUACUUUACAAGAGGAUAUUAUACGUUUUUUACGGGAUGAAAUCUCUAAAAUAGAACAACCAAAUGUCUCUCUCAUGUUUUUAAAUUUUAUUGCAAACAAUAUUACGAAAUGAAGUUAUAGAUAUAUAGCUGUUAUUAUUUUAAUAUUUUAAUUUUUAAUUAUUUUUAUCCAAUAAUUUUUAUAUUUUUUAAUUUCAUUCUGUUUCCUAAUAUUUUAUUAUAAAUAAAUAAUUAUAAUAUAAAUAAUUUUUGAACAAUUUUAUCUUGAAUAAAUUAUUUAUAUAUAUAUAUAUAUA